AUGGACGACGGCCGCGACGGCAACAACUGGGACCUGAACGCCGUACUGCGCUCCGGCUGCCAUGGUCCCAUGCCGCCGCCGCCGCCGCCGCCGACAAGGACGGCCAACAACCCCGUCGCACGGUACGCCCCGCCACCGCCAGCUCAGCCGAGUUAUGCCUUCACUGUCUUGGCCGGCGGCCUCGGCCAUCAGGCCAUCUCUGUGCUUCCUCAGCCGCAGGCGCUGGAUCAGGAUCCGCCCCACGCUGCAGGGCGGGGUCCGAGCCUGGAUCUGCCGCUGCUGCCGGAGCCGGACUACACCGCAGCCGUCGGCAAUACACCUGCGCCACUGAACCCACCGUGGCCAAGAAACGAAAUUCCGGUGCCGUCCGUCCAGCAGCGACCAGCCGACAAACACAAGACGCCGCCUUCCAGCGGCUGUGACGCUGCAGAAGGGUCCAGUCGAUCCAAGAAAAGGGACAACAGGACAACCAAAGAGAGCAAGGUGGUUCUGGUGCUAGCCGAGGAUCCGACGCCACCAGACUCGUGGGCGUGGCGCAAGUACGGGCAGAAGUCGAUCAAGGACACCCCGUACCAUCGCAGCUACUAUCGAUGCAGCACCGACAAGAAGUGCAAGGCGCGGAAGCAUGUGCAACGCUGCCUCACCCAAAGCUUCCUGGCCGUCUCCUACAUCGGCGAGCACAGCCACCCGAUGCCGCUGGCCCGCAACGGCCAAGCCGGCACCACUCACCAGAAGCCGCCGCCGCGGCAGCCUACGUCGCCGUUCAUCAGGACCCCCGCCAAGGAGGACCAGCCGCAUCAUCAGGCUCCAGCUCCGCCGCCGGCCACGUCGUCGUCGCCAUUCGCCAUGAUCUCCGCCGCGAAGCAGACUCCGGCCCCGCCGGCGUCCGCGUCGCCCUCGCUGCAGUCUGUUUCGGCGAUGCCCCUCGGGAUCAAACACGUGGAGCAGCCGCCGCAGGCUUCGGCUCCGGCUCCGGCUCCGGCUCUGGCACCGUCGGCGGCGUCGGCGUCGCCCAUGAUGUCCCCUACCACGCUGUUGCGUCCGCCGUACGCGGACGUUUACAAGGAGGGGGACGACAGCCACAGCCACCCCAUUCCAUUCGUCUGCAACUGCCUCGUCUGCACGACCCGCCAGAAGACGCCGCUUCUGGUGCCUCCGUCGUCAUCGGCCAUCGAGACCCGUUCCUGGGUGAGCCAACCGGCUCUGCUGGAACAGCAGCAGACUCCAGCUCUACCGGCGUCCGCAUCGGCCUCGCUAUCAUCAAACACGCCGGUAUCGCCGCUGCUCAGCUUCCAAGCCGAGGAGCGGCCAACUCAGGUCCCGGCACCGGCUCUGCCACCGUCUGUAUCGACGCUGAUGUCGCCUAGCGCGCUGUUGCCCCCGCCGUCUGUGGAGUUCGACAACGAGAAGGACGAUGACGCCGUCGCCGUCAGAAUGCUGCUCAAUGACAUGGACAUGACUCCCGAGGAUGCACUGAAGUUUGUUAACCCUGAAGAAGAGCCCCUGGAUGGCGUUGGCGACGACCUUCUGAUCCCGACGCCUGAAGAGCUAGCACCGUUCUACUACGGUGAUGAGGAAAACAUGCUAUACCCGAUGGCUUCUGAGCCCGCAUCAGGAGGCAGCCGCAACACUAAGGCAUGA